AUGUCUCGCCAUCUUGGAGACGAAGAAUCGUCUCUUGAAUACCUUUUUCUGGGAUUCUGCAACAAUUUGCGACUCGGUCAGUGGGAGUUGGCUCGAGCUCAGUUGAGAGGUUUGCAUAAACACCACGGAAAUCAAAAUGUCACAGAAAAUAUUCUUGCAACCGUUACAGACUGUCCUUAUGAAUUUAGUUAUGGUUCAGAAAGCAUCCCUCUACCCAGUAAUUUGUCUUGGCUGUGUUUACAGGAAUAUAAUCAGAUUUAUGAAUCUGAGGAGGAACAUACAAGAACUAUUUGUCGCGAUACAGAAUUUAAACUUCUCCUCUUUACAGCAUGUUCUUACCAGGAAAAUGUGUCCACUUUUCCUAUAAAGGUACUCUACAACUACCACAAUCAUAUUCUUACUACACGCGAAAAAGGGCAGACAUUCUGUGAUUCAAUCCCGUCAUUAUGUACAGAUUCUCUAACAUUUCUAGCAACAAUUCUGAACACUGAUCCAGUUCUAGCACAUUUGAUAAUAGAAUAUUUAAGUGUGAAAUUUAAUUUAGAAUAUUUAGAAAAUAACCAAAGGCUUCAACAAAUUUAUAUAGAGAGUAUACAGAAUGAUCUGAAGGUUCUGAAAUGUGUGGGUGACAAAAACAAGCUGGACAUGACAGUCAAACAUCUCCGCCAUAUGCUGUCAUUCUUAGAUCCAACAUGGGACAUGAUAGAUCUUGCACUGUGUGAUCUAUUCUGUGAACUGUUGUCAUUUGCUGAGAAGAAUCCAUCCGUCCUAUGUCAUAGUGAUAUAUACUCCAGUCUACUUGGUAGAAACACCAUCUAUUUACUUCAACAAUUUACACUUGCUGAGAAGAAAUUGAGAUUUGAUUUGGAAGCAUGUAACUGUGAUGCGCUUGACAAUGACACUAGAGUAUGGCUACACAUUUCAUGUCUGAAAGACAAGAAGAAAGCAUGGAUGGAUUUGUUUUUCAGGUGUUUGCAAACUGAUAGGCAUUUACUGGAGACGAUUGUGGAAAAGAAAACGAAAGAAGCACUAACGAGAAAACAAGAGAAAGGAAGAAAAAAAGGUCAUGAAAAUGAGGAAACAGCACCUGUAGAAUUAUUGAAAAGGCCACGGGAGUACACUGUCAAGUUUACGUUUCCCAACCCGCCGUCGUUGAACCCACCAAUACUGGGAUUACAUUCUUGUACCUUCGGUUAUCCUGGACAGAAAGAACUUUUUAAAGAUAUAGAUUUUGGAAUUGAUUUGUCCUCCAGAAUUGCUAUUGUUGGACCGAAUGGUGUUGGGAAGUCAACUUUUCUGAAACUUUUGACAGGUGACCUUGUGCCGCUGCAAGGAGAAAGACGUAAAAAUCACCGUCUUCGUAUCGGUAUGUAUAGUCAACAUUCAGCGGAUCAGUUAGAUUUAGAAGAAUCGUCCGUCGAGUAUUUACAGAGGCUAUUUAAUUUAAAUUAUCAAGAUGCUAGGAAGACAUUGGGAAGAUUUGGUUUAGUCAGCUACGCUCAUACAAUCCGAAUUAAAGAUCUAUCAGGGGGACAGAAAUCCAGAGUUGCGUUUGCUGAUCUGUCCUGUCGAGAACCAGACGUCUUGAUCAUGGAUGAACCGACAAAUAACCUAGAUAUAGAAUCAAUUGAUGCCUUGGCUGAUGCUAUGAAUCAUUUUGAAGGAGGUGUUAUCAUAGUGAGUCACGAUGCUCGUUUGAUUUUGGAAACUGACUGUCAGCUUUGGGUCGUAGAAGACCAGACCAUUAAUGAAGUAGAUGGGGAUUUUGAUGACUAUAAACGUGAAGUAUUAGAACAGUUAGGAGAGCAAAUAGCUGAAGCCACAAAACCUUUCAGUAAAUAAAUUGUUGGGUGGACAUAAGCACUUGCAUUGUUUGUAGCCUUCGAUGAACUGUUAUUUUCUUCAGCAAUCUGCAAGUCAACAGCGUCCAACAUCUUAAACAAGGUGAUUAUCUACCAGAACUUUAAAGUCAACUUUAGUCUCCAUUCACAGAUUUUUUUCCCACAAAUUUUGAUCAACAGAUAGUGACAAAUUAUUUCUAUCUGUUACAAAAUUAACAAUAUUGGCGUUCAAAGUAGUAAUUACAAGUCGCCUUGUUAUUUACAAAUUGUUGAGGAUGACGAAAAACAGAAACAUUUCAUUCCGAGAAUGAUAACAUUUGUGUUGACACUCAGUUACAUAGGAAACAUAAAAAAGACAAAUUUUACAAUCAGUAAUAUGUUAACAUGAGUGUUAUCUCAACAUACAACAGUAAGCUGCACUGUCAUAUUGUACAUGAAGAAAAGAAAUAUGUUCUAAACAUUUUUAUAUCUACAAUAAAUAGAGCAUACAAAGUAA